UGCACUUCAACUAAAACAACUUUAAUCCGAGCGUGAGAACGGAGAGAAUCACAGCACAGGAGUUCAUUCACUGCACUGGGGCAUGCACGGGAAUUAUCUGAUUCACUCACUCCAGGAAAAGCCCAUUUAGUCUGCAACUUCAUGAUUUCAAAGCCGGGAGUCUUUUCAAAAACGCUCUAUUCCUGCCUGUUAGAUAAUAUAUUUUAAAUGAUUCUUUGAAGUGCAGUGAGUUUGAACGACUGGUCUCAGUGUCUCCUGGACUGACUCCGUUACCGAGUAUUAUCGGUGUGCGCGGCUUAUUUCCACACUAGAGGCACCGCCUUUGCUCUGAACACACACUCAUACACACAGGUGCCAGAGACACACACACACACACACGCUUCUGAUUGAGUAUUCGAGUAAAACAGCUCAGCAAAGAUCACCCAGGACUUUACGCGGGACCGAGCUGGAUUUACAAAGCAGAUUUGUCCCUGUGUGACAACAUGAUGGAUGCUUGAGGGCGCGCGAGAUCAAUACACCUAAUUAAUCAAUACCCUCUAAGCGCACGUGAAGAUUGGCUCAGCUGGAUAUGUGUGACUGCAUCUCUAUCACCAGGUGGCUUUUCAAGUGCGCGUUUCUCCUGUCGGUGUAAAUGUGCGCGUGAGGUUAGGAGCCACUAAGCGAAAUGCGCGUGCGGGAUUAGUUUAAACUUUGGUUUGCGGCUGAAUCGUCUGGAUCUGGACUCUAAACUCGCGUCCCCUGUACAGAAGAGACUACGACCCCAGAUGGUAGUUCAUCUGGAUUGAAUUGUUUUCCUUUUUAAAAAAGAAGUGGAAAACGUUCCAGCCGGAGGAGAUUACAAGUGCUUUCUUCUCAAAGAUAAUUUGUUGCGACUCCUCUCGUUUUUGGAUUUAAAACUCCUGCGCGUGAUUUGGUGCAACUGUUUCGCACCAGGAAAUUCGUGCGUUUUGUUAGAACUUGGAGGAAGCAGCAGUAAUGUUUGUGUUGGAAGCAGUGGUUCUCUGUGCAUUGCUCAGCGGGGCUGGGGCUCAGUCGUGCCCGUCUCAGUGCUCCUGCAGCGGGACAGCGGUGGACUGCCACGGGCACAAUCUGCGGAGCGUGCCACGGAACAUUCCCCGCAACGCCGAGCGACUUGACCUGAAUGCAAACAAUCUGACUAAAAUCACUAAGGCAGACUUCGCGGGACUACGACACCUCAGAGUUUUGCAGCUAAUGGAGAACAAGAUCAGUUCUAUUGAGAGAGGGGCAUUUCAGGACCUGAAAGAGCUGGAAAGACUGCGUCUCAACAGGAAUAAUCUUCAGGUUCUUCCCGAGCUGCUGUUUCUAAGCACGACCAAACUCUUCAGACUUGACCUGAGUGAAAAUCAGAUCCAGGGGAUUCCCAGAAAAGCAUUCAGAGGAGCUACCGAGAUCAAAAACCUGCAGCUGGACUAUAAUCAGAUUUCCUGCAUUGAAGACGGAGCGUUCAGAGCUCUGCGGGAUCUAGAAGUACUCACACUGAACAACAACAAUAUAUCUCGUUUGUCAGCGGCCAGUUUUAAUCACAUGCCCAAGCUUAGGACAUUUCGUCUGCACUCAAAUAAUCUGCUGUGUGAUUGUCAUGUGGCCUGGCUCUCUGAUUGGCUGAGACAGAGGCCCCGCCUUGGCCUCUACACACAGUGUAUGGCUCCGCCCUCCCUGAGGGGCCACAACAUUGCUGAGGUUCAGAAGAAAGAGUUUAUGUGUACAGGACCCCAGUCACACUCGUCCUGUAGUGUGCUGCAGUGUCCUGAGCUGUGCACCUGCAGUAAUAAUGUAGUGGACUGCCGAGGGAAAGGACUGACUGAAAUACCCACCAGCCUGCCGGAAACCAUCACUGAGAUCCGACUGGAGCAGAACUCCAUCAAGGUUAUUCCACCAGGAGCUUUCGCACCUUACAAACGCCUGCGGAGAAUAGAUUUGAGUAAUAAUCAAAUAACUGAAUUGGCUUCAGACUCCUUUCAAGGUCUCCGAUCUUUGAAUUCUCUGGUUUUAUACGGGAAUAAAAUCAGUGAACUUCCCAAAGGCCUUUUUGAUGGACUAUUCUCAUUGCAGCUACUGUUGCUUAAUGCGAACAAGAUCAAUUGUUUGCGUGUAGAUUCAUUCCAAGACCUGCAGAAUCUGAAUCUUCUGUCACUUUAUGACAACAAGCUCCAGACCAUUGCCAAGGGAAGCUUCUCUUCUCUCAGAGCCAUCCAAACACUUCAUUUGGCCCAGAACCCCUUCAUGUGUGACUGCCAUUUGAAGUGGUUGGCGGACUACCUGCAAGACAACCCGAUUGAGACCAGCGGAGCUCGAUGCACCAGUCCCCGCCGGCUUGCUAACAAACGCAUUGGCCAGAUCAAGAACAAAAAGUUCCGCUGUUCAGGUGUGGAAGACUACCGGUCGAAACUAGGUGGGGAUUGCUUCGCGGACCUGGCCUGCCCAGAGAAGUGUCGCUGUGAAGGAACCACAGUGGAUUGCUCUGGACAAAAGCUCACAAAGAUCCCGGACCACAUACCUCAAUAUACAGCAGAACUCCGCUUGAACAAUAAUGAAUUUACAGUGCUGGAGGCUACAGGAAUAUUUAAGAAGCUUCCUCACCUGCGCAAAAUUAACUUCAGUAACAACAAGAUCACAGAUAUUGAGGAGGGCACAUUUGAGGGGGCCAGUGGAGUGAACGAGCUCAUACUGACGAGCAACCGCUUGGAGAGCGUCCACUACAGCAUGCUGAAAGGCCUCGGUGGGCUCCGCACACUGAUGUUGAGGAGUAACAAGAUAAGCUGUGUCAAUAACAGUAGUUUUACUGGUCUGAGUUCUGUGAGGCUGCUAUCCCUCUAUGAUAACCUGAUCACCUCCAUGUCCCCGGGAGCCUUUGACACACUGCAUUCCCUCUCAACACUGAACUUGCUGGCCAAUCCGUUUAACUGUAACUGUCAUCUAGACUGGCUGGGGGAAUGGCUCAGAAAGAAACGAAUCGUUACAGGCAACCCUCGCUGUCAGAGCCCAUACUUUCUUAAGGAGAUCCCUAUUCAAGAUGUAGCCAUUCAAGACUUUGCCUGCGAAGACGGUAAUGAUGAGAAUAGCUGUUCGCCCCUGGCUCGCUGUCCUGCCGAGUGCUCGUGUUUGGAUACGGUGGUUCGCUGCAGUAAUAAAGGACUAAAGCUUUUACCCAAAGGCAUUCCUAAAGAAGUUACAGAACUCUAUCUCGAUGGCAACCAGUUCACGCAAGUCCCUCUGGAGCUAUCCAAUUAUAAACACCUCACCCUCAUUGAUUUGAGUAAUAACCAGAUCAGCACAUUGUCCAACCACAGCUUCAGUAACAUGUCUGAGCUGCUCACCCUAAUAUUAAGCUACAACAGACUGAGGUGUAUUCCUGUUAAAGCUUUCGAUGGCCUCAAGUCUCUGCGCCUCUUGUCUCUCCAUGGUAAUGAUAUUGCUGUGAUCCCAGAUGGUGCUUUCAAAGAUCUGUCCUCACUCUCCCACCUCGCUCUGGGAGCAAACCCUCUGUACUGUGAUUGUCACAUGCAGUGGCUCUCUGACUGGGUAAAGAGUGGCUACAAGGAGCCUGGAAUUGCACGGUGUACUGGUCCGGGAGAGAUGACCGACAAACUGCUGCUGACUACACCCUCUAAAAAAUUCACAUGUACAGGUCCGGUGGAUGUAAACAUUUUGGCAAAAUGUAACCCUUGUUUAUCCAACCCCUGCAAGAAUGACGGAACCUGCAGUAACCACCCCGUUGAUUUUUACAGAUGCACCUGUCCAUAUGGUUUUAAGGGCCAAGACUGUGAGGAACCAAUUCAUGCGUGCAUCAGUAACCCUUGUCAGAAUGGAGGCACCUGUAAUCUGAAAGACGGAGAGGAGAACACUCACUGGUGUGUGUGUCCAGUUGGAUUUGAGGGCGACGAAUGUGAGAUAAAUAUCGAUGACUGUGAAGAUAAUGACUGUGAGAAUAACUCUACGUGUGUGGAUGGGAUCAACAACUACACCUGUCUCUGCUCACCUGAAUACACAGGGGAGCUGUGUGAAGAUAAACUGGAUUUCUGUGCUUCAGAGCUAAACCUGUGUCAGCACGACUCCAAAUGUAUUCUAACCGCUAAGGGAUUCAUGUGUGAGUGUACUCCAGGUUACACCGGGGAGCACUGUGAGGUGGAUUUUGAUGAUUGUGCAGAUAAUAAGUGUAAAAGCGGAGCUCAGUGCACUGAUGCAGUGAAUGGCUACACAUGUGUGUGUCCAGAAGGGUACAGCGGGUUGUUCUGCGAGUUCUCUCCUCCGAUGGUCCUGCCCAGAACAAGUCCGUGUGACCACUAUGACUGUGCCAAUGGUGCACAGUGUGUUCUCAAGGACUUGGAUCCAGUUUGUCUGUGUCUUCAUGGUUAUGAGGGCGUGCACUGUGAGAAGCUGGUCAGUGUCAACUUCAUCAACAGAGAAUCAUUCCUGCAGAUUCCCUCCAACCUCAUUACAGAGCAGGCCAAUAUAUCACUACAGAUCGCCACAGAUGAGGACAACGGAGUGUUGCUGUAUAAAGGAGACAGUGAACACAUUGCGGUGGAGCUGUACAGAGGCCGACUGAGAGUCAGUUAUGACUCUGAAUCCUACCCUCCAUCUGCCAUCUACAGUGUUGAGACUAUAAAUGACGGUAGUUUUCAUGUUGUGGAGCUGGUGGCAAAGGACCAGUCUCUGUCUCUGUCCAUUGAUGGAGGAAGCCCCAAAUCCAUCAACACUGGCAGCAGUCCCAGCCCAGGACCCAGCCCUGCUCCGCUUUAUCUUGGGGGAAUCCCGCAGCAGUCUGGACUGGCUUCGUUGCGUCAGGACCCUGGGAGGAACGGCUCGAGUUUCCACGGCUGUAUCCGAAACCUCUACAUUAACGAGCAGCUCCAGGACCUGACCCAGUUCCUGCUGCAGGAGGGGGUGCUGCCCGGCUGCCAGCCCUGCCAGCGGAGUGUGUGUGCUCAUGGGCAGUGCCACGCUACCGGACAAUCGUCCUUCAGCUGUGAGUGUGAGGCGGGGUGGAGCGGCCCGCUGUGUGACCAGCAGAUCAACAGCCCAUGUGACGGGAACAAGUGUAUCCACGGCUCCUGUCGACCCAUAAACUCGUACUCGUACAGCUGUCUCUGUCAGCCAGGCUUCACAGGUGUGUUAUGUGCUGAAGAGGAGCAGCUGAGCCCCUGUCAGCACACGGUGUGUAAACACGGCCGCUGUCGUGUGUCAGGGCUGGGGGAGGCCUACUGUGAGUGCAGCAGCGGCUUCACGGGGCAGAGCUGCGACAGAGAGAUGGCGUGUCGGGGGGAACGGCUCCGAGAUCACUAUCAGACGCAGCAGGGCUACACAGCGUGCCAAAGCACAGAGAAGGUUUCCCGUUUAGAGUGUCGGGGUUCCUGCGGGGACGGGACGUCCUGCUGCGCCCCCCUCCGCAGCAAACGCAGGAAAUACACCUUCCAAUGCACAGACGGAUCCUCUUUUGUCCAGGAGGUGGAAAAGAUCGUCAAGUGUGGCUGCACAAAAUGUCCAUCCUAGAAGCGAAAAAGAAGAAAUGCAUCCUCACACCCCGCAUCUUUCAUUUGACCUUUUUUCUCAGUGUUGGACUAAUGUUUUUCCUUCAGAGGAGGAUAAUGGAUUACUGUAUGAUAAAGAACAAACCUAUUUUUUAUUAUGAAGCGGUGGAAAAAAAGACAAAAAAUAGAUUUUAGAGGUUUUUUUGUUGUUGUUUGCCAUCAUUUUAGGUACUGUGACAUUUUUUGUUUUUGGCAAACACACCCCGUUGACACAUUUCCCUUUUUUUUGUGUCAUUCUUUUAUGUGGUUUUCUGGACUGCCUCAAAUCAUUUCACCUGGACUUUGUGAAGGUGAGAUAAAGUAUCACUAUUGAGACGACAAGGGGUUUCGUCUCUUCUACUUCCUCACAGUGUACCACACAAACACACACACUGUCAGAGCUGCUCCUGUUCUCACACACACACACACACACACACACACGUUUGUUUUUGUGUAAAGUGUGUUCAUCCCAUAGGUGUAAUGGUUUUUAUACUGUACAAACUGUAUAUUCUAUGGCCCUACACCAACCCUACACCUAACCCUAACCCUCACAGGAAACUUUCUGCAUUUUUACUUUCUCAAAAAAACUCAUUCUGUAUGAUUUAUAAGCGUUUUGAAAAAUGGGGACAUGGGUUAUGUCCUCAUAAGUCACCCUCUCCUUAUGUGUCCUGAUAUGACACAAAAACAAGAGCACACACACACACACACAC